UUUUUACCAAGCAACAUGUGACUAAUCUUGUCAAAUUUUGCGAAAAUUUACUACACGUAAUAAGUUAUUUUUUGCCAAAAUGGAUGCAGUACCGGAAAUCAAAGGCAUUUCAUCCGAGCUGUUGGAAAAACUGGAAAAAUUGCAGAAACAAGACUUAUUUUCAUUUUUACCAGACGUGGAAACGGACCUGAAACUACCACCGCUGCCUCAAGGUUUGCCCAACUUUAAUUCUGCUUUUUUUAAUUAUUCCAAAGAUUUGAAACUACAAUUUGACUUGCUUGACUCCCUUCCCACACUAAAAAUCGGCCGUAAGAGCAAGACCAUCAUGCAAAACAUGGCCGAAAUUGAAAAGCUCGAGCAAAACUACCGCAUAAACAGAGACCUGUUAAAGUACGAAAAAGAGGAGCGCUUGAAAGUGCAAGAAGAAAUGUGCCCCGAGUCCACAUUCCUAGCUUUAUGCUGCCUCCAUGAAAAGAAAGGCAAGAAAGAGCGCCAAAAAUCGCCCCUCAAACCCAAGGACUUCAUCCACCGAAACAUCGAGCUGGCUACAGCCAUGGCGAAAUUGCCUCUCACUGACGAAGAGAAGCACCAGUUGGACCAGCUCUUAGCAAACCUUGACGAUUGCGGCGAUCAAUCGAACGGCUUCCAAAUGUGCGAAAGCGACAAACAACGUUUGGCCGAAAUCGAUACCGAACUUGAAGAUAAAUACCCCGAGAGUCGACACUUGCGGUCGCCUUCGAAAAAUGCGCUCUUGGACGGGGCUUUGAAGGAGAUCGAUGGCAAAAUAGCCACCGUUCGGGACGAAUAAAUGAAUAAAAAUCGACUUGUCGAGCCCUUUCCAAGACAAUAGAAUAUUCAAGUGGAAAAUUAGACUCGUGUACAUCUGUUGCCCUCACUCUAAUUUUUACUUUUAUCGCAUUUGUAUUUUACGUGAUUUUUUCAUAUUUUGAUUCCGAUAUUAAUUUCCAGGA